GCGUGUCUCGAGUCUCGAAUGUCUCGAUCCCGGUCUCUUGUUCAAGUAAGAGUAAGAGUGUAAGAGCCAAAUAAACGAUUUCCAUUGCCUAGUGCCCAGCUAGCUUUUGAAGAGGGAGUAACGAACACGAGUCUGACUCUGACGCACUCGUUUUGAUUGUUUACUGUCCACGUGAAGAUGAAAGACGUAGCUGUCUUCGCUCUGCUCAUAUGUUACUUGAUCAACAAUGGUAUCGCGUACGACGACCUCGACGAUGAUUAUUUCAGAGAGUACGUACGUAACUUAAUUCAGAAGCACACAUACACUGAUGUCCUACGUCGGGAUGUCUACGAGGGAUUGGAAAGUUGGACCGGUCGAUGGAUGCCCGAUAGGCUCAACGACCCGACUCCACCGCCCAAAGUAUUCCCGAAAACCGAAAACGCUAAAGAUCAGGGAUCGAUGCAUGACAUUCAUGGAAUAGCGAUGGGACAUCCAUCUGUUAACUGCGAUGACGCGAAGACAAAUCUAACCAUGGAUUGGGAUGGCGACCCUAUUGAUUAUAUCUGCUACAAUCAAAGAAUCACCCCUAGUAGAGAUAAAAUAGCCAUCAAGUAUUGUGAACAUAUUUCUGAACAUUAUGUCGCUAUGCACAAAUGCAUGUACGAAAAAAUAGAAUACAGUGACAGUAUUCCAGUAUUUGGAACACAUAGACCUCUAUGGCCCGUCUAUGGCGAAUACCAAUUUCUACCCAAGCAGAGAUGGCUACACAGUCUCGAGCACGGAGCUAUCGUCAUGUUGUACCAUCCAUGCGCGAAUCCAUUGGAAGUGAAUAGUUUGAAAACUUUGCUCAGAGGUUGCUUGCGGCGGCAUAUUAUAAGUCCUUACAACAUGUUGGACGAACAUCGUCCGCUAGCAUUAGUCGCCUGGGGAUGUCGGCUGACGAUGUCGUACGUGGAUCCUAAAGUGGUGAUCGAAUUUAUUCGCGACCACGCUCUUAGAGGACCGGAGAACAUAUCGAGGGACGGCGACUUUUCCGACGGUUUGCUUCAUCAAGCGAAUAUCGUGACGGAUUUCGAAGACUCUGUCCUCUGUCCACGCAUCGAUGUUUAACGUCGCUUAAAACUCGCGUCUGAAUACGCAUGUAUAUACCUAUACUUGAACCUUUACUAUUUAUUUAUUAUUUACGUUUUUUCCACGAUCUCUUUCUCUGUCCCUUUCCCGUCUUAUCCGUUUGCUGCUCGCUUCAUUGUACGAAACCAACAUUAAAUGACUUAAUAAAAAGAGAUCGAGCAACACGAA